AUUCUAGUGAACCGGUCCAUCAGCCAUCUGGAAUGUUCAAAUUUGUUCUUAUAGUUUGUGUGGCCGUCGCUGCAGUCUCGGCGGAACACGAGCUGGGAGGAGGCGAUUAUGGCGCCGAGGAACACAAAGAUUACUACGACUAUCCCAAGUACAAAUUCGAAUACGGAGUGGUGGAUCACAAAACUGGCGAUCACAAGAGUCAAUGGGAGCUGCGAGAUGGUGAUGUUGUAAAGGGUCAGUACUCGUUGCAUGAGCCCGACGGAACGGAACGCGUGGUCGAAUACAAGGCCGAUAAACAUUCGGGUUUCGAAGCGCACGUUAAGAGAAUUAGCCAUGCUAAGCAUCCACAGCUGUACGGUGAACAUCACGAGAAGAGCCAGAGCAGUGAUGGAGAUUAUGAGCAUGCUCAUGCCUUUAGCUACAACAAUCUACAGCAUCACCUGUGAGCUGUUGAUCGAGUCCUUAGGAGCCAUAUGACACCGCAACUAUUCGAGACUGAAUUCAACGCUUUCUACUAUCCUAGUAUUCUGUAACUUUUUGAUACUCAAUAAAUGUGAUUGAAAAAAUAA